CGGCCGCGGAGUCCCGGGCAGUGUAUCUUCUAAUCUGAAAAAGUCUCCCAUGAAAACUUCGGUUUUAAAAAUAAAUAAUGCCAUCUGUUUUCCUAAAAGACUGAAAUGGGGGCUAUCAUUUCAAGUACCCCAGAAGUUUAGAAUUUUGUAUAUGGGGAGGUGAUGCUGUAAUCAGUCUCUUUGAGAAGAUUUCUACUCUUUGAGAAGGGUCCAGGAAACCUCACCAUUUCCAGUUGUCUGGGCCCCAUGGUUAUAAAUGUGCUUCAGUUUCAUAAUGCCUCCUGCUAUGGCAGACAUCCUUGACAUCUGGGCAGUGGAUUCACAGAUAGCAUCUGAUGGCUCCAUACCUGUGGAUUUCCUUUUGCCCACUGGGAUUUAUAUCCAGCUGGAGGUACCUCGGGAAGCUACCAUUUCUUAUAUUAAACAGAUGUUAUGGAAGGAAGUUCACAAUUACCCAAUGUUUAACCUCCUUAUGGAAAUUGACUCCUAUAUGUUUGCAUGUGUGAAUCAAACUGCUGUAUAUGAGGAGCUUGAAGAUGAAACAAGGAGGCUCUGUGAUGUCAGACCUUUUCUUCCAGUUCUCAAAUUAGUGACAAGAAGUUGUGACCCAGGGGAAAAAUUAGACUCAAAAAUUGGAGUCCUUAUAGGAAAAGGUCUGCAUGAAUUUGAUGCCUUGAAGGAUCCUGAGGUGAAUGAAUUUCGAAUAAAAAUGCGCAAAUUCAGUGAAGAAAAGAUUCAGUCUCUUGUGGGAUUGUCUUGGAUGGAUUGGCUAAAGCAGACAUAUCCUCCAGAACAUGACCCGUCAGUUCUUGAAAACUUAGAAGACAAACUUUAUGGAGGAAAACUCAUUGUGGCUGUUCAUUUUGAAAAUCGUCAGGAUGUGUUUAGCUUUCACAUAUCUCCUAACAUGAAUCCUAUCAAAAUAAAUGAAUUGGCAAUCCAAAGAUGUUUGACUUUUCAUGGGAAAGAAGAUGAAGUUAGCCCCUAUGACUAUGUGUUGCAAGUCAGUGGGAGAGUAGAGUAUGUGUUUGGUGAUCACCCACUAAUCCAGUUCCAGUAUAUCCGGAACUGUUUAAUGAAUAGGUCCUUGCCCCAUUUUAUACUUGUGGAAUGUUGCAAGAUCAAGAAGAUGUAUGAACAGGAAAUGAUUGCCAUAGAGGCUGCCAUAAAUCGAAAUUCAUCUAACCUUCCUCUUCCUUUACCACCAAAGAAAAUGAGAAUUAUUUCUCAUAUUUGGGAAAAUAACAACCCUUUCCAAAUUGUCUUAGUUAAGGGGAAUAAACUUAACACAGAAGAAACUGUAAAAGUUCAUGUCAGGGCUGGCCUUUUUCAUGGUACCGAACUCCUAUGUAAAACCAUUGUAAGCUCAGAGAUAUCAGGGAAAAGUGAUCACAUUUGGAAUGAACUACUGGAAUUUGAUAUUAGUACCUGUGACCUUCCACGAAUGACUCGAUUAUGUUUUGCUGUGUAUGCAGUUUUGGAUAAAGUGAAAACAAAGAAAUCAACUAAAACUAUUAAUCCCUCUAAAUAUCAGACCAUCAGGAAGUCUGGAAAAGUGCAUUAUCCCGUAGCAUGGGUAAAUACCAUGGUUUUUGACUUUAAAGGUCAGCUGAGAUCUGGAGAUACAAUAUUGCACAGCUGGUCUUCAUUUCCUGAUGAACUUGAAGAAAUGUUGAAUCCAAUGGGAACUGUUCAAACAAAUCCAUAUACUGAAAAUGCAACAGCUUUGCAUAUCAAAUUCCCAGAUAAUAAAAAGCAACCUUAUUAUUACCCUCCCUUCGAUAAGAUUAUUGAAAAAGCAGCUGAGAUUGCAAGCAGUGAUAGUGCUAAUGUAUCUAGUCGAGGUGGAAAAAAGUUUCUUGCUGUUCUGAAAGAAAUCUUGGACAGGGAUCCCUUGUCUCAACUGUGUGAAAAUGAAAUGGAUCUUAUUUGGACUUUGCGACAAGACUGCAGAGAGAAUUUCCCACAGUCACUGCCAAAAUUAUUGCUGUCAAUCAAGUGGAAUAAACUUGAGGAUGUUGCUCAGCUUCAGGCACUACUUCAGAUUUGGCCUAAACUGCCACCCCGGGAGGCCCUGGAGCUUUUGGAUUUCAACUAUCCAGAUCAGUACGUGCGAGAAUAUGCUGUGAGCUGCCUGCGACAGAUGAGUGAUGAAGAACUCUCUCAGUAUCUUUUACAACUGGUGCAAGUUUUAAAAUACGAGCCUUUUCUUGAUUGUGCCCUCUCUAGAUUCCUGUUAGAAAGAGCACUUGCUAAUCGGAGGAUAGGGCAGUUUCUGUUUUGGCACCUUAGGUCAGAAGUACACAUUCCUGCUAUCUCAGUACAGUUUGGUGUCAUACUUGAAGCAUACUGCCGGGGAAGUGUAGGGCACAUGAAAGUGCUUUCCAAGCAGGUUGAAGCACUUAAUAAGUUAAAAACUUUAAAUAGUUUAAUCAAACUGAAUGCAAUGAAGCUAAACAGAGCCAAAGGGAAAGAAGCCAUGCACACUUGUUUAAAACAGAAUGCUUACCGGGAAGCACUCUCUGAUCUACAGUCACCUCUGAACCCAUGUGUCAUCCUCUCAGAACUCUAUGUUGAAAAGUGUAAAUACAUGGAUUCCAAAAUGAAACCUUUGUGGCUUGUGUACAACAACAAGUUUGGUGAGGAUUCAGUUGGAGUGAUUUUCAAAAAUGGUGAUGAUUUACGGCAGGAUAUGUUGACACUCCAAAUGCUGCGCUUGAUGGAUUUACUCUGGAAAGAAGCUGGUCUGGAUCUUCGGAUGCUGCCUUAUGGCUGUUUAGCAACAGGAGAUCGCUCUGGCCUCAUUGAAGUUGUGAGCACCUCUGAAACAAUUGCUGACAUUCAGCUGAACAGUAGCAAUGUGGCUGCUGCAGCAGCCUUCAACAAAGAUGCCCUUCUGAACUGGCUUAAAGAAUAUAAUUCUGGGGAAGACCUGGACCGAGCCAUUGAGGAGUUUACCCUGUCCUGUGCUGGCUACUGUGUAGCUUCUUAUGUCCUUGGGAUUGGUGACAGACAUAGUGACAACAUCAUGGUAAAAAAAACUGGCCAGCUCUUCCACAUUGACUUUGGACACAUUCUUGGAAAUUUCAAGUCUAAAUUUGGCAUUAAAAGGGAGCGAGUGCCUUUUAUUCUUACCUAUGAUUUCAUUCAUGUGAUUCAACAAGGAAAAACAGGGAACACAGAAAAGUUUGGCCGGUUCCGCCAGUGUUGUGAGGAUGCGUAUCUGAUUUUACGACGGCACGGGAAUCUGUUCAUCACUCUCUUUGCACUGAUGUUGACUGCAGGACUUCCUGAGCUCACAUCAGUCAAGGAUAUACAGUAUCUUAAGGAUUCUCUUGCCUUAGGGAAAAGUGAAGAAGAAGCACUAAAGCAAUUUAAGCAAAAAUUUGAUGAGGCACUCAGGGAAAGCUGGACUACUAAAGUGAACUGGAUGGCCCACACAGUUCGGAAAGACUACAGAUCCUAGCGACCAGCCUUUGCUCCUGUAUCUGUUGGUUUCAUUUUAGUUUUCAUUUUGCACUUGCACUAAAUUGAACACAACCCUGCCACAGAUGUUAUAAAGGGAAUGAAAUCUGGAAGUAAGAGUUAAAUUAAGAACAAGGUACCCUGCAGAAGCUAAUCUGAGCAAUCACUGAUGGCCACUCUCUGCUUUUUGAUGCUUCCAAGAUUCUUCAUGAAAACUGUCAACAUUAAGGAUAAUCAUUUCCUGCUGACUUUGCACGCCACGGAAUGCUACUAGGGAUUGUUUUUGUUUUGUUUUUUUUAAAGUAUUUGGUACUUUUCUGGAAAGGUGUAAAUACUUCUUUUUCAUAUUGUGACCAAGUGUUAUCAUCACCCAGCCAACUUAUCCACACCUGGGGACUGGUAGCUGUUCUUUCCAAAUGAGGCUUAAAAGAGAGAUAUCUUUUUUCCCUUUUUAAAUUGUGUAAACUACAAAUUAUAAUAUAAUUUGAAAUUAUGAAUUUUUUCCCCAAAAGUAAUCUUUUAAACCUAUGGAAAUAUUAAUUUUUUGUUGAUAUUUAUCUAUUGUCAUAAGAUCUUCCCAACCAGACUUGCUGAAAAUCUACUGUUGAGGAAAAUAUGUAUUGAUGCUGCACAUAUAUUUAUAAAAUUUCUAGUGGGAAUUCUAUAUAAAAAGAUGUUUCUUUGGUUUUCUUCAGCCUAUGUUUUAAAGUUCUACAGAAAGCAGAACUUUUUCCUAAGUUUUUGAUCCAGUUCUUCCAGCUGCUUCUGGAAUGAGGCACACACAGUUUUUACAUGCUAUCUAUGAAAGAUUUCACUUCAUAGAGCAUAAUACUUGAGCAAAUGUAUCCAAGGCAGAAAGCAAAUGAAAAGGAAACUAUAUAUGGGAUAAACUCCAGAACUAAAAUUCAGGAUUUUAGUAAAAUGUCAGCUGUUCUUACUGUAUUUAUUGAAACUUGUAAAAAUGUGAUUUUUCAAGGAUACUAGCUCAAAUUGAAAUGGUUUCAUGCCACAUGGAAUUCUUUAAUUUAUUUGUUGAGGUACCAUAUAUUUAGGGUGCUAGGUGGCAAAUAAUGUUACAUGUGCAAUAGGAACCACUGGUUUGAAUGUGUAAGUGGGUGCUCUUCUGUGUACUGGCAGCAUCAGCACAACUACUGCAUAUUCCCCAAAGACUGUUGGGAGCUCUCAGUCCUCAGUGACAUUGGAAAGAGAGUUGAGUAUUUGCUCUGAGACUGAGUUUUCUAUAGGAAUUUUAUUAAACAUCGUUUAAUUUUGUUGUCCUCCUUAAUGUUCUCAGUCAAAUAAAUGGGUGAGUUGGUGUCAGCUGCUCUUGGGAUGUGUGGGCCUCUUCUUUACGGGCAGCACAGGCCCUUGGACCAUGGCACUGGGACUCUUAAGAAAUGGCCAAUAGACAGACAAACCUCAGAGGAAGGCGGAGGCUCACAGUCCCUUUCCUGACUCCUCCUUGAUUGGUAUACCGCAGGCAGUGGGUGAGGCCUCUUGGACUUUGGUGGGAGCCUGAAGUGAAAGGGUGCCCUUGUAAGUUUAAGUACGUUUGGGAGGACCCUCAGGUCUAGGAGAAUGCCCCUUCAGUUACUAGGUAUUCAAGGCCGGACUGUGACCACCUUGAAGCUCUCUUCCAUAGGGCAGAUACUCAGAGCAAGUCACAGUUCCUUGGAAAUAACUUAGCUGAAGAUGGAAGCUGACCUCUGAACUGACCAUCCCCAGAGCUGGUCUAGACUCAGAGUUCCAGGAAUAGGACUGUAGAAGGACAGGUUUGUUCAGGUAUAUUUGUCCAGCAGCAUCCCACCAUUACAUGCACCAGGUCACAGGUCAGGGGUUUGGAAAGUGGUGAACAUUGCCAGGCAGAAGUGGGCUCACUGUUUCUGGAGGGGUGUCCUCAGCCUAUAGGGGGCCUUUGUAAAUAUGUUAAAACAGUGAAUACGAAUGUCUUCAAGAGUAAGAAAGGGAAAUAAACCUCUUCAGAUGGUGCUGGAUCUCAGUACAAGAUGGCUUUUGACACCACCAUCCUCACCCCUCCCCGUACCAUCAGCCCCCUGAAGGUAGGGCACUGGCACAAAAGCCCUCCGAAGUUGCUGAGCACUCCUGGAUGCUUGAUGGGUUGCACAUCUAUGAUUCCCAGGGGCUCUGCCUGAGGCAGAGAGGAGGAGAUGGAAGGCAGAGGUUAGUCAACCUCCAGGGUGGGCUGUGGGAACAGCUGCUUCUGUGGGGUCUGGCUACCCAGUCAGUGCCUUAGCUGUUAAGUGCUUUGUCAGUAAUGAAUCUUACCUCAAAACACUUGGCUCCCUGUCUUUUGGUCCUUUCCCAAGUUUCCCAAAAACAAGUUGUAGAAACCCUUUCCAUUUCCAUACUUGAGGACAGCAGCUGUGUCUACCUGGAUUUUGGAAGACAAAGGAUGAUUUUUCUUGAAUAAGUAAUUCCUGAGUAUCCACCUUAUGUCUAAAGGCAGACCCUGGGCUGCAGAGGCCAGUAUUUUUUGCAAUCCAGCUCUGCCUCUGUGACCCUUUGAAAGUAUUUAUUUCUCAGGAUCUGAGCUUCCUAGUUUGUAAAAUGGGACUCAAUAACUGCCCCACUCACUUCAGUGGGGUGGGGAGAGGUGGGUUCAUACUGAAUGGGAACAUAUGCAUAACCCCAACACAGAGGCAAAUAUUUCUUUGCUCCCCUCCUGAAAGCCCCUGAAGAGAAGAAUCUCAGAAGGAAAGCCCCUUCCAGAGCUAUUCCCUGUCUCUUGUCUGGGGAGGCCUCUCUGCAUUCUUCUUUCUUCUUGUCUAGCCCAUAGCAUCUAACUCAGCACAAGACCUCAGGCAGGCAGCCUGCAAUGCAGGGGUCACUUAUCCAUAGAGGGUGAAAGAUGGGUCUGUGGGGUGGAGAGCAGAGAGGUACUGUGCCAUGUGACCCUUACAACUGGGGAUGAGCAGCUCUUAGAAAGGAGGGGCAGAGGCUAGGAUUCUUGGAGAAGAGGGCCUCUGAGCUGAGUCUUUACUCAGGUGAGACACAAGCUAGGUGAAAGGGUAUUGGGAAGAGCAGAUGGCAGUUACAGUCCUGGAGCUGAGAAAAGGCAGGAUCCAUGGACAUUAACAGGCUCAAUUGUUUCUUCCCACCUGCCUCCUCCCCUUCCUCCACUCCACACUACAUCUAAACACCAGUCAGGUCAUCCUGGAGCCUCUUCCUCUUUCAGUAUCUGUGGCACUUUUACCCCCUUUUCCAGUGGUGGAGAAGUUGUCUGAUAUCACCUUCUGUGUUAUUAUUCCUAUAAAAUGAACUGUUAGAUAUUUGGAACUCCUGGUCGCUUUUCACUUUUAACAAAAUCCAGGUUCAACACAGAAAAAAAUCUGUCCUUUCAGACCUUCCCUACCUUCCUACUACCUUUUUUUAUUGUGAAAAACAGCACAUACUGAAAAUUGCAUUAAACAAUAACAUACAAAUAGCAGCAUAUUAUAAAGCAAACAGGUAACCACCACACAAGAGGGAACAUAGCCAAGCCAACACCUCAGAAGCCCUACAAGUUUCCUUUCCUGGGCAGGACUCCCUCUCUGCCAAGGUAAUCACUCUUAGGGCAUCGUCAAUUUCCUUACUUUAGUUAUACCAGCCUACUUCCUGGGUCAGGCUUCUUUCACUCAUCACUGCAUUUUUAAGUUUCAAGUUUCAGCAUGUAGUUGCAAGUUUAUCUAGUUACUUAUCAUCACUGUAUAGUAUUCCUUGUUUUGGAUAUCCUGUAGUUUACAUGUCCUUUUCUACUGUUGAGACCCAUAGAUGGUUUCUAGCUUAAGGCUAUUACAAAUAAUGCUGCUAUGAUAAUUAUAAUUUAUCUCCUGGUUCACAUGUGUACAUAUAUCUUUGGAUGUAUAUACUUGAGAUUCAAGUUGAUGGAGUCAUGGAUUAUGCAUAUCUUUAUUUUGAGUAAAUAAUGCUAAAAUAAGUGAUUGUACCAAUUUACUCUUCAUCCAAUACUUAAUUCUUGUUGCUCUACAUUCUCACCAAUACCCAGUUAACCAGCAGUUAACAAAUUUUCACUAUACUGGUGUGAAGUAAUUUGCAUUUCCUUAAUUAGUAAUGAGAUUAAAUUGCUUCUUCAUAUUUGUUUUUCUCCUUUGUGAAAUUUCUGCAUAAGCCUUUUGUCCAUUCAUUUGGUUAGCUUUCAUUUUGGUUUUUUGGUUGGUUGGUUUUUUUGUGUUGAGGAAGGGUUCUUCUACUUGCUUUUGGUUGUUUUUUUUUUAUGUGAAACUUUUGUGUACAUGCCUUCUGUCAGUCAUAUGUGUUGAAAAUAUCUUUUCCAUUCAGCAUAUGUCUUUCUCAUUCUCUUAGUGGUUUCUUCUAAUAACACAAGAUCUUAAUUUUAUUGUCAGGUUUAUCAUUAUUUUCCUUUAUGGUUAAUAUCCCUUGUGUAGUAUUUAAGAAAUCUUUCCCUACUCCAAGGACAUGAAGAUACUCUCCUACUUUCUCCUCUAAAAGCUUUUUUUUUAAUAACCUAUUCCACUUAGAUCUGUAAUCUAUCUGGAGUUGCUUUUUCUAUAUAAAGUGAAGUUUUUUUUCCCGAAGUUGUCCACCAAGUGGUGCUUAUAUGAGCACCAAGUUGUCCCAGUGUCUUUUAUUAGAAAGAUAACCCUUUCCCCAACUGUUCUGUAGAUCCACCUUUGUCACAAAAAUCCUCACCUGACCCUAAACUACUUGAAUAAAGCUAGGCUAAUGCUUACACACUGUAGGCAAUGAGCUAUUACUGACUGAGCCACUUUAUCUAAAGCGCUCUGCCCAGUGCUCAGGCUGGAGGCAGAGACUGAGGUGGAUUACAGACCUGCAGACUGCUGGAUGCAGACAUGAUUUUAGUGCUGGACCUACCACUGGGAGAAUAAAGCCAGGUAUAAACCCUUUUACCCCAAGAGUGUUCCCUUGUCAUUUCUUGGUCUCACUGAGUCCAUAACUUGCCUGGGGCUGAAACCCUCAGGCAAGACAGAUAGGUAGAUUUGGUCUUCCCCACUUUACAGAUGAGAAAACUGAGUCAGGUUAAGUAGUUUGGCCACAGUCACAAAGAAGGGUAGGGGUCAGUAUUCAAACUCAGGGACUCUGUCUUAAGUGUCCAUGCUCUUUACUCAGAAUUAUCAAUGAUGCCUCAAUAUAUAUUUCAGAAUCUGCUUGUUGAGAACUGCAAAAAGGAACCUGUGAACAUUUUGAAUGGAAUUGCAUUAAAUUAUAGAUUAUAUUGAGGCAGAUUGGCACAUGAGUAUCCUUUAUUUAAAUCUUCUUUAUACACACAAUGAUUUAUAGGUUUUCUAUGGAUAGUUCUGUAUAUCUUUUGUUAGAUUCUUGGUAAAUUAUUUUAAUCUAAAUCUGUAGCAGAGAUUUCAGUUUGUUUUCCCCUAACUGGAAGUAUUUGCAUUAUCUGAGAACUGAUUAGAAAUGCAAAUUAUUGAGCCCCACUCCAGACCUGCUGAAUCUGAAACUCUGGAGAUGGAAUCCAGCAACCUGUGUUUUAAUAUGGUUUUAAGUGAAGUUUCAGAGCAAUCAACAAAUAAAUUGAUGUCUGUAUUUAGCAAAUACACUAAGCACUAAUCCUAACAAUGUGUUUAUAGAAAUAAUUUUGAUUUUGCAUGUAUUGUCUACUAAUAAUUAUAGCUUUGUUUCUUCCUUUCCAUUCCCUUCAAGAUUUUAUUUCUUUUACUUGCCCUUUUGCACUGGUUAGGAAUUCCAAUGAAAGGUUAAAUAUUCAACCUUUUGCUGAUCUGGAAGGCAAAGUUUUCAAUUCAUGUGUGGUAUUUGCUCUGUAUCUAGAUCUUUACCAAAUUCAGAAAGCAUUCUACAAUUCCCAAGGACUUUUUUUUUAAUCACAAAAGAUACUGGAUUUUUUCAAAAUUUAAAGCAUUUUACUAAGAUCAUAUGGUUGUUUUCAUUUGGUGUGAGAUACAUUGAUUAAUGUUCAAAUAUUAAACCAAGUUUACAUUCUUGGAAUGAGACCAACUUGAUGUGUUUUCUUUCUUAUGUAUUGCUGGAUUUGAUUUGUUAAUAUUUUACUUUGGAUUUUUACGUCUAUCUACAUCAGUGUAAUUGGCUCAUGAAUUUCUUUUCAUGUCUGUUUCAGGUUUUGUUACUAAGAUGUUUCUGACCUUAAGACACAAGUAAGAUGGGCAUUAUUUCUUAAAAUUUUGGUAGAAUUUUGCAAGUGACUUUAUGUCUGAUGUUUUCUUUGAGGUAUGGAUAUAAUUUCUUUAAUAACUGGAGGAAUACUCAGAUUUUUAUAUCUUACCAUGUCUGUUUUAAAGAAUUAUAAUUUUCUAGGAAUGUGUCAGUAGGGAAAAUGGAAGUUCCUAUGGCCAGGAUCCUUACCUGACCCUAAACUACUUGAUGAUGUAAUUGGCCUCCUGCUAAGCUAAUUCUCCCACACCCAUUGGCAGUGAGCUAUUACUGAUGGAGUCACUAUGUAAAGAUCUCCUCCCAGUGCUCUUCCCAGAGACAGAGACGGAUUGUGGACUUGCCAGAGGCACCUGCCACUGUGAGAAUAAGGCUUGGUAUAAAUCCUUUUACCCCCAGUGUUCUGUUGUUAGGUCUCACUGAAUCCAGAGUGAACUUGUUGGGAGGGGUGAAGGGGCAAUCCCCCUCAGGAGAGACUGUGUCCAUCUGUAUUUUUAAAUUUAUUUUUAUAAAGUAAUUCAUGUGUUAAGAGUUUAUUAAUGUUGCAGGAUUGAUAGUGGUAUCCUCUUUUCAUUCUUGAUAUUGUUUACUGCCUUGUCUAUAUUCUUAAUUAGUCUCACUAGCAGUUUUUUUUAUUGUAAUUGUCCUUACAAAAAAUCAACUUUUGACUUGUUUUAUCUUCCGCUGUAUGUUUGUUUUCUACUCUCCUUCUAUCCUUAGUAUUUCCUUCCUUCUGCCUUCUUUGGAUUUGUUUUAUUGUUAUCCUUCUUCCCACCCACCAAAUUUAUAUGGUGGUUACUAACCUGAUCAUUUUUAGCCUUUAUAAUAAAGUCUUUAUCUGCAUCCCAUAAAUUUUGAUUUGAAGUCUUUUUAUCACCAUUCAGGACAAAAUAUUUUCUAAUUUCCAUUUUGGCCCCUUUGUGACCUGCUGGUUAUUUAGAAAUAUAUUAGUUUCCAAAUCCACUUGGAUUUUCUCAUUACCAUUUGCUGUUGAUUUCUAGAUUACUUGCUUGAGACAUACAUAGAAUAAUCUGUAUGAUUUCAGUUCUUCCAAAUUGAUGGGACUUGUUUUUAUGACUCACAGUAUAGUCAAGUAUUAUAAAUGUUCAGUGUACACAUGAAAAAAAUCCAUAUUCUGUAGUUAUUAGAUUAAGUGUUCUGCCUAUGUUCAUUAGAUCAAUUCUGCUAAUUGUGUUGUUUAAAUUUAUAUGUCUUUACUGAGGUUUUUCCCUAGUAUUUAUGAGAGAUACAUUAAAAUAUUCCACUAUGAUUUGGGAUUUGCCUAUUCUAUAUAUGUCAAUUUUUUUAUGGAGUUUGAGGCAAUAUUAGGUAUGUACAAAUUUAGAGUUGAUUUAUAUCCCCAGUAGAUUGAGUCAUUUAAAAAAUUAUUUUAAAGUGUUCUUUGUGUUUCUGAUAAUGCUUUUUGCCUUAAUAUUUGCUUUAACUGAUAUUAAUAUAAUUAUACCAGCUUUCAUUUGGUU